GUGUAACGCUAGAGCCCAUCGGAGUCCAUUCGGAUCUAGAUAAUUUAGAUCUCCGACGAUUUCGCAAGCGUACCUUCAAAUUUUACUGUCAAACUAUAAACUCGCGCGCGAAUGUCGUCAUGCUCGUACCCAAUCGGACAUCCGGAUCCAAGGUGCGCCUCGAUCGAGUGCCGAAAUGCCUUCUAACAGCGACGCAAAUGUAGAAUUGCAUUCAGUUAUGUAAUUGGACACGACUGCUCGCGGCGAUCGAGGAGAGACCACGAAAAAUCCACGAAGCAUGGCAUGGCACUGCAGCGGCACCACGAAUCAGGAGAUGGUGCAGAAGCUGAAAGGGACAGAUUAUUCGCAGAUGCCGGGAUAUUGGCAAGCGACCGAGCAGAGGCGGCUAUGCUCGCCGUCGACAGGGCGAAAUAUUGCCACGAGCCGGAUCCCUACCGCGACCGACCCAGGAGAAUCGGCUACAACGUAACGAUCAGCGCACCACAUAUGCAUGCAUGCGCUCUGUCGAUUCUCUCGAAUCAGCUGUUUGAUGGCGCGAAGGCGCUCGACGUCGGCUCGGGCUCGGGCUAUCUGUCCGCUUGCAUGGCGCACAUGGUGGGCUCGUGCGGCCGCGUAACAGGUAUCGAGCAUAUUCCUGAGCUUAUAGAGAUCUCGACUAGGAACGUGCGCGAGGAUAACCCGCAUUUCCUCAAGGAGAACCGUAUCAACUUCGUCGUGGGAGACGGCAGAUUGGGACACCCAGCUGACGGCCCCUACAACGCCAUACACGUUGGAGCAGCAGCCGAGACUUUGCCACAAGAGUUGAUAGACCAGCUGGCGCCUGACGGCCGACUGGUCUGUCCGGUCAUGACCGUGGCGGGUUUCCAGAGGUUCCAAGAUCUGCUGCAGGUAGAUAAGAGCGCAGACGGCACGGUCACGACGAAGAAACUGAUGCAGGUGUCUUACGUUCCUCUCACCGAUCCCACUACUCAAUUGCGUAAUGUUCUCACGUGAGGGAUCCUCCGGGUAAGGUUUCGUGAAUUGGGAAAUUCGAGCAAGCGAUUGGACGAUCGUGAACGCGUACGGAGUCGCCGAUCAACGAUCACCGUGAAUUUGCAUUAGCGGAUUAAGUUUUCUUUUAUUCUCGCUGUGCGAAUGUAGGGGACGUACGUUUUACUUUUGACUGGGCGGAUUAACAAACCAUAUUUUAUUACAUGUGUCCUAUUAGUUUUAAUAUAGUUUUUUCACUCGUUCGUCUUCGUUGUGAGUUAACUGCAAGCUGCAAUAUUUAUAUAUCCAUCGUUGCUUUUCAAUCUUUUACACUGCAAAAUCUAUAGGAAACUUUCACGUAGACAAAAAUGUAACGAAUAAAAUGAACAACAGAGAAAUAAAGUUUUUUUAACAAUGGAA